UGAAAAUGGCACCAUAUCUUCAAGAAGCAACUGUACCGGCGAGUCCUGAGAUACGUGAUACCAAGGCAUCAGUCAAGUCAGCACCCAAGAAGACACUCAGCUACGAGCCCGGUCGUACAGUCGCUGAAUCACACGAAAACUACCCUUACGAACACCUCCUCCCCACCUUCCCAGAUGUCAAAUGGGAGCCCUUGAAAGAAGUCCCCUACCACGACAAAGGAAUCGAUGGCUCUCCUACCUUUGACGCCCUCCUCUCAACCGCCACCUCGAUCCGUGACUACAACCCCAAAAUCGGCACCGAAGUCGAAGGCAUUGAUCUCGCCAACAUCACAGACGCACAAAAGAACGAUAUCGCUCGCUUGAUAGCGACAAGAGGUGUGGUGUUCUUCCGCAAUCAGAAGAACUUCGACAUCGAGGCGCAGAGGAAGUUGGGAAAGUACUUUGGUACUGUGCAUAGACAUGCGACCACAUCUGUCCCGAAGCAAGAAGGGUUGGAAGAUGUACAUGUGGUAUUUGCGGAGGGAGCAAGAGGAGCACGCAACCAUGUGUUUUCUCCCGCUUUCCUAUGGCACAGCGAUGUCACCUACGAAAUCCAACCCCCCUCCUACACAAGUCUAAAACUCCUCUCGGGUCCACCCUCCGGCGGCGGUGGCAACACCCUCUGGUCAUCCCAAUAUGCCGCCUACGACGCCCUCUCCCCAGCCAUGCAAACAUACCUAUCCUCCCUCUCCGCCCUCCACUCAGCAGACAUGCAAGCCGCCGAUUCCAUCCGAGGAAACCGACCCGUCCGUCGCGAUCCCGUCACCACAAUCCACCCUCUGAUCAGAGUAAAUCCCGUCACUGGUUGGAAGUCGCUAUUCUUCAACCCAGGGUUUGUGACCAAGAUCGUGGGAGUGCCGAAAUUGGAAAGUGAUUUUUUGAUUUCGUAUCUCAAUGAGGUUAUCGCUACUACUAAUGAGAUUCAUGUUUCCUUCGAGUGGGGAAGGGAUGAUGUUGCGUUUUGGGAUAACAGGAUUUGCAAUCACUCGGCGACAUAUGGCUUUGCUCCUCACAGAAGACAUGCGGUCAGAGUGGCCACACAAGCGGAGAAACCAUACUACUCUGCAGAUGGAAAGUCACAGGAGGAGGAGUUGAAUGCAAAGUAUGGCUUGCCUGCUGGUAACAAGGACUGCAGCGGUGUAGGCAAUUACAACGAUUAG